CAGUCUUCAUUGGCUGCUGGAACCGAGGCCCCGUCCCGCACUGUCUAAACUCUUGGGGGGUCCGACAGCCGCGUGCACAGACCUCGCAGGCGGGUCGCAGCAUGAGUCGCCACUUGGACCUGGUGCGGAGUUUCCUGGAGCAGCUGGAGGCCCGGGACCUCCGGGAGGAAGCAAUCCUUGCCCGCGAGUUCAGCGAUAUUAAGGCCCGCUCAGUGGCCUGGAAGACUGGAGGUGUGUGCUCCACUAAGGUCGGCAGUCGGCUUGGGAACACGAAGAAGAACCGCUACAAAGACAUAGUGCCAUAUGAUGAGACGCGUGUUAUCCUUUCCCUGCUGCAGGAGGAGGGACAUGGAGAUUACAUCAAUGCCAACUUCAUCCGGGGCACAGAUGGAAGCCAGGCCUACAUCGCAACACAAGGACCCCUGCCUCAUACUCUGUUGGACUUCUGGCGCCUGGUUUGGGAGUUUCGGGUGAAGGUGAUCCUGAUGGCCUGUCAAGAGACAGAGAAUGGACGGAAGAAGUGUGAAAGGUACUGGGCCCAGAAGCAGGAGCCUCUGCAGAUUGGGCCUUUCUGCAUCACCCUGACAAAGGAGACACCAGUGAAUGCAGACAUCAUUCUCAGGACCCUCCAGGUUACAUUCCAGAAGGAAUCCCGCUGUGUGCGCCAGCUACAGUAUAUGUCUUGGCCUGACCACGGGGUUCCCAGCAGUCCUGAUCACAUUCUCACCAUGGUGGAGGAAGCCCAUCGUCUCCAAGGAGCUGGUCCUGGACCCCUCUGUGUCCACUGCAGUGCCGGCUGCGGACGAACAGGUGUCCUGUGUGCUGUUGAUUACGUGAGGCAGCUGCUGCUGACCCAGACAAUCCCACCCAAUUUCAGCCUCUUCGACGUGGUCCUUGAGAUGCGGAAACAGCGGCCUGCUGCGGUGCAGACAGAGGAGCAGUACAGGUUCCUGUACCACACAGUGGCCCAGCUAUUCUCCCGUACUCUCCAGAAAGCCAGCCCCCACUACCAGAAUCUCAAGGAGGGCUCCUUCCCCAGGCUGUCCCCUCAUGAGCUUACCUCAGCACCCACAGUGACCAGCUUAAGGAGUGUGGCCUCACCACCCUCCCCGCCUGAUUUCCUGCAGAAUUGUGCCCCAAUCUGCAAGGAUGCCUCAUCUCUCAGGACCUCCCCAGCCCUGUCUGCCACAUCCCGCCCUCCAGGCGGGGUUCUCAGGAGCAUCUCGGUGCCCGGGCCCCCGACCCUUCCCAUGGCCGACACUUACGCCGUGGUGCAGAAGCGUGGCGCCCCCGCGGGCACAGGGCCGGGGACGCGGGUGCCUAGCAGCGCGGACGCCCCAAUCUACAGCCAGGUGGCUCCGCGUUCCCAGCGGCCGGUGGCACACACCGAGGACGCGAGGGGGACGACACCACCCGGCCAUGUUCCUGCGGAUCAAAACCCUCCCGGGCCUGAUGCCUAUGAAGAAGUAACAAAUGGAGCGCAGACGGGUGCCCUCGGCUUCAACUUGCGCAUUGGAAGACCCAAAGGGCCACGGGAUCCUCCAGCGGAGUGGACAAGGGUGUGAGGGCUGUGCCAGAGUGUAGAAUCACCUAGGAGGCACACAUCUCUGUGAGAGUCUAUGGAUCCGAUUAGUAGAAGUGGCCCACCCUCGGUGUGGACAGCACAUGCCCUGGGGUCCCGGACUGAAUAAGAAGAAAGUGAGCUGAGUACCUGAAUUCAUCGAUGCUUUCCGACUGCAGAUGUAAUGCCACCAGCUGCCUCAUGCUCCUGCCAUGACUUCCUCACCAUCAUGGACUAUACUCUGGAACUGUGACCCCCAAAUAAAACCUUCCUUCCUCAA